AUGUUGCAAGCUCAGAUACAACCUAGUCUUGAAGACCUGAGAGGUUAUGUUCAAGAGAACGAUGAUUCGAUCAACAUGUAUCCAGUUUUCUGUUACCUACCAGCUAUGGACCUAACACCACACUUAGCAUACUCAAAGCUGGCUCACAUAAAUGAAACAAACAGAAAAGAGUCCUUUCUUUUAGAAAGUGCUACGUCGGACAACACAUUGGGACGGUUCUCGUUUCUGGGCACAAAUCCGCGCAAAACAAUCAAGACAGGCGUCAGAGAGGGUUUGGAAGUAGACCCGCUCUUGGUGCUGGAAAAAGAGCUGGAGACUUGUAAACUGGCCGAAAAUGUUCCUGGAAUUCCCAAAUUGAGUGGCGGUGCUAUUGGCUAUGUGUCUUACGACUGUGUCAAGUACUUCGAGCCCAAAACCAAACGUCCGCUUAAAGACGUGCUACAGUUGCCAGAAGCAUGCUUAAUGCUUUACGACACGAUCGUGGCAUUUGACCACGUCUACCAGCGGUUUCAGAUUAUCCACAACAUUAACUUGAAUGCUGUGGAAUCUUUAGAAAAAGGCUAUGAUGAGGCGAAGAAAAUUAUCAGCGACGUUGCUGCCAUAAUGGAAGCUCCUGGUACCUCAGAUUACGUAGUGCAGGGCAAAAUUAAGCUCAAUCAAACAUUCACAUCCAAUAUUGGCGAAGAAGGCUACAAAUCUCACGUCACAGAGUUGAAACGCAACAUCAAGGCGGGGAACAUCAUUCAGGCCGUUCCUUCUCAAAGAGUCGCUAGACCCACCUCUCUGCAUCCUUUUAACAUUUACAAACAACUCAGGACCGUCAACCCAUCACCAUAUCUAUUCUACAUCGACCUCUUGGAUUUUCAAGUGAUCGGAGCUUCUCCUGAACUAUUGUGCCAGACAGAUGCACAGAAUAAGGUCAUCACCCAUCCUAUUGCCGGUACGGUGAAAAGAGGUGCCACUCCAGCCGAGGAUGACCGGUUGGCUGACGUGUUGAGAAAUUCAAUGAAAGACCGUUCUGAACACGUUAUGCUCGUAGACCUAGCAAGAAACGACGCUAAUCGUGUGUGUGACCCCUUGACAACCAGCGUCGAUAAAUUACUCACGGUGCAGAAAUUUUCACACGUCCAACAUUUGGUGUCGCAGGUCUCCGGAACUUUGAGGAAGGAUAAGACUAGGUUUGAUGCACUAAGAUCCAUUUUCCCAGCAGGUACGGUAAGUGGUGCCCCCAAAGUGAAGGCUAUGGAACUCAUUGGUGAGUUAGAAGGCGAAACUAGAGGCGUUUAUGCGGGUGCUGUAGGUAACUGGUCUUAUGAUGGUAAGUCUAUGGAUACCUGCAUUGCUUUGAGAACAAUGGUUUACAAAGAUGGUGUGGCAUACUUGCAAGCCGGCGGAGGAAUCGUUUUUGAUUCAGAUGAACAAGACGAAUACGAGGAAACUUUGAAUAAAAUGAUGGCCAACCACAGCACUAUUGUGCAAGCAGAAAAGUUUUGGGCCACUCGCGUGGGGUCUGAAAAUUAA